UAUAGUCCGAGGGGCGUGGCUUAAAUCUCGGGGUGGGCGGGGUUUCCGCUAAACUCGGGUUAGGUUGAUUCACUAUCGAUCAUUGGGGAAAGACUGAGCUUGAUUUCUUUGCGGCGGAGAAAUCUGAUGUCCGUGCAACAUGAAUCGGACGAUCGCGGGGCGCAGAUUAAAUUCAGUAACGUUAACAGAACUAAAAUCGUAGUUUGACCAAUGCAAACCAGAUAGUGUUUGAGUCCGGGAAAGUGUUAGGGAUCGGCUCGACUCACUUUGUUUCUCUUCUAUGCGUAAUAGGCGCGGACGGCGUGCGUUACCUAAACGUGUCCGCGUCUUCACAAAGUUGCGCGUCCCAGAAAGGGUUGAAGUUGGAUCUGUUGACCCGUGGAGUACUCUUGAGUCCCUCUGGAUGGAUGGAUGGGUAUGGGGAGAGCAGGAUCUUACUACCCCGGGGCUGAGAGCCUCAUCUCUCCUGUAUUUUAUCUGCUUGUGCUGUGCACCAUCUCUUCUGUCACUCGUAUAGGUGAGAGCCAGGUCCAAACCCCACAGUGCCGGAUCCAGAAGUGCACCACAGACUUCGUCUUGCUCACCUCCCAUCUUAACCCUUCGCUGGAUGGCUUUGAUACCGAAUUCUGCAAGGCCCUUCGAGCCUAUUCUGCCUGCACCCAGCGGACCUCCAAAAGCUGCAGGGGCAACCUGGUCUUUCACUCGGCCAUGCUGGGCAUCAGUGACCUCAUGAGUCAGAGGAACUGCUCUAAAGAUGGACCCACGUCGUCCACCCACCCCGUCAACCCUAUUGAACCGUGCAACUAUCACAGCCGCUACCAUCAAGUGCCGCGGCCCGGGACGGGCGCCGGGCUCCUGGAACACCCGCGGCCGACUUACCUGUUCUGCGGUCUGUUUGGGGACCCUCACCUUAGGACUUUCAAAGACAAUUUUCAGACCUGUAAGGUUGAAGGGGCGUGGCCUCUCAUUGAUAACAAUUACCUGUCGGUGCAGGUGACAAACGUUCCGGUGGUUUAUGGAUCAAGUGCGACAGCAACUAAUAAGGUCACAAUAAUCUUCAAACCAUACCAAGAAUGCACAGACCAGAAAGUUUACCAGGCCAUAACGGACGACCUUCCUGCCGCCUUCGUGGACGGGACCAUCAGCGGGGGCGACAGCGAGACCCGCAGCAUCUGGAUACUGGAGAAGUCUCCGGGUCGCCACGUGGAGAUCCUUGCUGCCUACAUCGGGGUCACCAUCAUCGUACGGCAGCAGGGUCGAUACCUGACUCUGGCCGUGCGGAUGCCGGAGGAGCUGGCCAUGGCCUUUGAUGAAACACAGGACCUGCAGCUGUGCAUAAAUGGCUGCCCCACGUCAGAGCGCAUCGACCAGGAAGGACAUCUCCAUAUGCCCAUGCAGGGUCUCCAGCAGGCUGGCAUGCAGCAGCAGCAGGCGAGGGUCCAAGCCCAAAGGGGAGUCUUCACCCUUGAAAGCGCCUCCAGAAAAUGCAGGGAACAGCUGGAGGUUAAGGACAUCUAUUUUCAUUCCUGUGUGUUUGACCUGCUUACCACGGGAGAUGCGAAUUUCACAACGGCAGCCUACAAUGCCCUGAAAGACAUGGAGAUUCUGCACCCUAAGAGGGAGCACUGGCAUAUCUUUCCGAACUCGACUGCCGGGCAGAGGCCAUUUUCAUUGCUUUCAUAUGCACUGCUGGUUCUCUUUCUUCUUUCUGCGCUUUUAUAAUUCGAUGACUAUUUCGUAAAACAUACGAAAAAUGGCUUAAGGAGCCGAAGACAAGACUGUAAAAACUUAAGGAGCCGAAAACGAGACUGUAAAAAAUCGUAAGGGUAGUCUGUAUAUACCGGUCUGUCCUGAUAAAUGAAUGUUGGAGUACAAACCUUCGUUAGACUGUAUAUUUUGUGUUUUCAUAAGAGUAUUGUACAUUUUUCGUGAGUGAAAGUUUUAUGUUUUUGUCCUCGGGAGAGGAAACCUUGGAAGCACUUUAUUUUUAUUGUUUGUUUUAUUUUUGAAAAUAGAAAACAGUGUUUCGUGAAACCCGUGCAAGUACUUUUGUUAGCGAAUUUUCUCGGUACGCGCCGUGCUUUUUCUCCGUACAUUUCUGUAGGUUUCUUACGCCGUAGAACCGCAUGAAACAUUUUUCAUAAUGUGACUGGCAUAGUGAUAGUGUGAUUUAAAGAAGGAUCGUGUGGGUUAAACAUAUCUGUUAUAUAUUAGUUAUAGUAACAUUUGCGUAACAGCAAAAACACCAAGACUAAUUCAGGCAAACACAGCAGGCAGGUUGAAGUGCACUUAAGUCUAAAAGAACCUGAAACUAUUCAAUUGGAACGUGUCCAAUUCCUAAAAACGACAAUCAUAAUUUCUUCAGUUUGAUACAUCUGCCUACAUCUGAGUGCAUUUUAGAGACGGCAAAUUAUUUAUGAUUUAUAAUAAAAGUCCCCUCUUUCAGACUAACAUCACAGUGAGUGACUCUAAUCUCACUGAUUGAACUGGAAAAUGGAUGUUGCGUAAGUGCUAAAGUGGGCCAUGUCUCAAACUGACUUGCAGAACGCAGAGCUUUGUUCCUUUGCCAAACAAAUAUCGACUUUCUGUUAAAAGUGUUAAGUUCCCUUAUGUCCUUGUUUUAUCCUUGACCAAAGAUACGACAUAGCGUGACCGGCACACUUGCAGAUGUUUCGCCAGACCUUCACCAUUUUCUUUUGCCAAAAAUAUGGCCUCAAAACAUUAAACGUGUGUCCGUUUUUUCGCAAGUCUGUGCCAUCAAUCAGCUCAUCUGCUUUUAUUGGCCAUAGAUAUUGUUAUGUUCUAUACGCUAUUAUAAAAUGGUUAUUUCCCUUGAUUCUGAUUGGUCAAUAGCUGUGGUUUAUUUAUAGGCUAUACAAUAAAACACAGCUAUGAGCUCCACGCCCAAUGAUUCUGUGUAUUGGUGCACAGCACCCUUAACAUUCUGUUACUUUUCACAGUCAGUCAGGGACUAUUUUAUCCAGCGGAAGGAUGAAUUUGAGUGAUUUAGUGAAAGUUGUGUUGAUGCUUUUUUUGCGUUAAUAUUUGUGUGGUAACCGUUUUGUAAAAGCAGUAAGGUACUCGAGGCUGUGCUGUAUCGUGAAUAAGUCACGCUUCACGUCGUGCCUAUCAACGCCCUUAGCCGUGACUUUUGUCAACCUCACCCAGGAGUGCAGCUCGGCGUCUUGCUAAAUUGAUGCUGAAUGUACAUCAGCAGUGAUUUCUGUUGAAGGUUCGAAGCAAAUGACUGUGGCAUGUGGUCAAUAAUCUUGGCGAAAUUUAUUUGGUGAAGGGCUAAACUGUCCACCUCCUAUGGAAGCCCAUGCCGGCACGU